AGCAGCAGACGGAGCUAGGCUAGAGACGAGAAGAUGGCGAAAAGUAAGAUCCGGGAUUUCUUCUCUUGGUCCGACGACGAGGUGGAGCUGCUGCUGAAAGUGACGCAGGAGUACAAGGCGGCCAUGGCGGCGCAGAGCACCGACUGGGAGGCGUCGCAGAGCAAGUAUGGCGACAUACUGGAGCGGUACCGGGAGUAUUAUCCGUCGUCACAGGAAGCCAUGGCGACUGGGAAGGAGUUCCCCCACAAGAAAGAGGAGCUCACUAAAGGACAGUUGACCACAAAGCUCAAGGCCAUUCGAUUCAAGUACAGACAAGCGGUUGAUUCUGGACGAAAGCGUGGUCACGGGCGAGUGAUCCUGCUCUACUUUGAGCUGUGUGACUCCAUCUGGGGAGAAUCUCCAGUGACGCAGGUAUUGAGUGAAGGCAUCAAGACCGAGGACGUGCAAGAGGCCCUGGAUACAACCAGCUCAGCGUAUGGUGGGUCAUCAUCAUUGCCUAGCGAGGAUGGCGUUGCAGAGGAUGCUGGGUCUGCAGAGCCUGCGGGGAGUCCAUGCCAGAGACUCAGCGCUUCCCUGUGUGGCUACAGGCGAAACAGGCUGAAGAGGAAACUCGUCACGGACAGUGUCACGCAGGAGGAUUUGGAUAUUAAAAGACGACUGUUGCAAAGGUUAGAGGCUACAGACGACUACUUUGUUCAAACCAUGGGUCACUGGUCUUCUACAAUGGACCGCUUAUCUGACAAUAUUGAGCGACUGGUACAGCAUAUUGUCUGCUCUGGAAACAACCUCCCCACUCACCACACACAUCCCACCACAGCCCCUAUCCCUAUGGACACACAGGCACAAGAGGGCCACUCCUAGAUCACUGCUCACCUUUACCAGCACAGCAUUGGACUGAACCAAGACCACAGAGACUAUGCAGAUGUGUAGAUAUUUAGUCUUCAUGUUUGUGCCUUCUUUUUGUAAUCCUAUAUUUUGCAUGUUGUAAUAUUUCAACAUUUGCUAAGUCUGCAUGCUCUGUAAAUAUUUACUGAGUUGGUGGGAUUUAUUAAAAAUGUUCAAAAGCAA